UCCUGCCUGCUCAAGGGAGUGAGGGGCACAGGGUGAGAGGUGGGCGGAUGCACACUCUCUACUCUCUUGCCCUGCGUUUUUGUUGCCCCUUCAGCCAACUUCGUCGUUCCUCUCCACCACCACAACCUCUCAUUCCACCAUCUGUGCCUGCUUCAGGCGCAAGUACCCCGUGGUGCAUCUGUGGCAUGGAGAAAGAGAGGGAAGAUGAAGAGACGGAGGGGAGGGAGAGACCAGAGCCACUGACGGAUGUGGAGCGGGGCAUCAUUCAGGACACCUGGGCACGUGUUUACGAGAGCUGUGAGGAUGUGGGCAUCACUAUACUAAUCAGAUUCUUUGUGAACUUCCCCUCGGCAAAGCAGUACUUCAGUCAGUUCCAGGACAUGGAAGAUCCAGAGGAGAUGGAGAAGAGCUCUCAGUUGAGGAAACAUGCCCGCCGUGUCAUGAACGCCAUCAACACAGUUGUGGAGAACCUUCAUGACCCAGAGAAAGUUUCAUCUGUUCUGGGGCUAGUGGGAAAAGCACAUGCACUCAAAUACAAAGUGGAGCCAAUGUACUUCAAAAUCUUAAGUGGGGUUAUUCUGGAGGUACUUGCGGAGGAUUUCGGAGAGUGCUUUACCCCAGAAGUACAGACAUCCUGGACCAAACUGAUGGCAGCAUUGUACUGGUAUAUCACAGGGGCCUAUACUGAGGUGGGGUGGCUCAAACUCUCCAGCUCAGCAGUCUGAGAUUAGGCAUUCAUUCCCACUGCACAUGAACACUGGUUGUAACCCAUCAGCUUGGCUAGCCAAAGGACUGACUUAAGAUAAAAAUAAAUAGAAUAGAAUUAGAAAGAUGUUUUCCAUCAUAUGCAUCAUUCUCUUUCACAUGUUGUAUGUGCUGUGUAGUUUAACGUGCUUGUCUCUUUUAGGCUUGUGUUUCAAUAUGUAUAUCAAAACAAAUCACAGCUGAACACAUCACAGUUCAUUAUAAAGUCACAUCUGAAUUACAAUACCUACUAAAGCAUAAACAGAAAAUUCAUAGCAUAAACCUGUUGUUCAUUUGUCAACUUUAUCAAGACAAUAGUGUUCUCCAAAAUACAAACCACACAAAAGUCUUGGUUCAGAUGGUUCAGUACUUUACUCAUGUUAAUUGAAUCUAACCUUAUUGUUGCUUCUCACAUAUGAGGCAUAAAUGAAUAAAAUAGCAUAUUCAAGAGGUGACCCAGUAUUCUCAGAUCUGCAGUUUAACCCUCUGGUAUUGUUCAUUUGGGAGUCACACUUGUGUUGUUCACGGUCAAAAUUGACCAGACACCUGAAAUGACAUUUUUUAAAAUUUCAGUAAAAUAAAUGUAAUAUAUUUUUGUUCAAUAAUAUUUUUUUCUUUUUCAUUUUGUACUUUGAAAGAAUUUCAUGGUACUAUUUAAUAUUUCUGCAAUAAUUAUGAUAAAUUUCUCCCCAUGAAAAUAAUACAAACAUUUUUUUCCAAUAUUUUUCUAUUACUUUUCAAUUAUGGCAGCAUUUUGGGUUAAAAUAGAGACAAUGCCUUUAAAAUUUAUUGUAAAUCCAUUUCCAAGACAGAUAAAAAAAGAAAAACAUCUGAAAUUCCAUGGUUUAGCCACUAGAUUCCUAUAGAGCUCUAUAUAAAAGACUUUUAAAGAAUUCUCUUGUUUUUAGACAAAUAUUUUUAUGUCAAGUUGUGGAUUUGGUUUUAUAUUUAGACAUUCUCAAAGACAACUUUUUUGUAAAGGUUUAGAUUUAUUUUAUUAAUUAAUUAAUUUUUUUAAAUGUUGGUUUAACAUAACAGUUUUUGUAUUAAUUUUACUACAGUCAAACCACAGUCAAACCUAAACACAAAGACAUUUUAUUACACAUAACAUCAGAGUUCAACAAAAAUGUAACAAAUAUGAACAUCAAAUCU